UUUCAAUAUGCUUUGAUUUCAUUUAUUCUUUCUUAAACAAGUUUAGUUCCUUAUUUGAGCAACUAUAAAUUGGCUCUGAAUGUUAAUAAUUCAAGUCAAGUUUUCUCAAAUUAUUCAUAGUUAGAACCUGAAUUUGAUACAAUGGAACAAAUUUCUUUAUCCAACGAAGAAAAGACAGUGGUUUUAGUUGGACGUACUGGAAAUGGUAAAAGUGCAACUGGAAAUAGCAUCCUGGGAAAAAAUGCCUUUGAACUAAGAACAAAUUCUUUUCGUGUAUCACGUAUUUGUGAAUUACAAAAGAGUACCACAAAAGAUGGAUCAAUUAUUAAUGUUAUUAACACUCCAGGAUUGUUUGAUGGAAGUGAUUCUCCUGAAAAAGAAAUAAUUAAAUGUAUUGAUUUGGCUAAAGAUGGAUUUCAUGCACUUCUUGUAGUAUUUUCUGUUAAAACUCGUUUUUCUGAAGAGGAAGAAGCUACUUUACGUGUUGUUCAAACUUUGUUUGGACACAAAAUUAGUGACUACAUGAUUAUAGUCUUUACCGGGGGAGAUGAACUUGAAUAUAAUAAAAAGACAUUGGAUGAUUAUUUAGGUCAAGAAUGUCCACCAACUCUUAAGGAUAUUUUACUUCAAUGUGACAAUCGCAAAGUGCUCUUCAAUAACAAAACUAAGGAUGAAACAAAACAACUACAACAAGUUCAACAACUUCUGGAUCUUGUAAAAAUGGUUACAUCAAAGAAUAAUGGACAACCUUAUACCAAUAAGACAUUUGUAAAAUCACAGGGAGGAUCACCAUUGAAACAAGAAAUUGCAGAUCUUUUGGAAAAGUUAGAAGAAGAAAAAGUUGAAAGACUUAAGAUUGAAGAAAAAUUGAAGUCAGCACAAGCUAGAAUGAUGAAAUUCGAAAACUGAGAUAUAAUCUUGAGACAACGAAUACGCCACGUAUACUUCAACAACUAAUGUCUAUCUAUGGCGUUCUCUGAUUUCAGCACUAUUUUAUAUUCAAAAUUCAAGUAUGUGUAAGAUUAAUAUAUAUAUAUA